AUGAACCUGACGCUGAACAUAACGACACCACUUCUCAUCAUUGGGGCGGCGCUCCCACGGACCGCGACGACUUCCAUCGCGAGCGCCUUGGAGAGACUCGGAUACAAAGUCUUCCACUUUACGACGAUGACAAAGCCCUUCCAUCCGAUCUGGGAAGACAUUUGCGACGCCGAUACGCAGCAGGACAAACAACAGUACGACUUGGCCUUCGGCCGCUUUGUGCAGCAAUUGUCUGACGAAGGCUUCAAUGCAACUCUGGACCAGCCUUCCUGUUUUGUGUACGAGCAACUCAUGGAAAUUUACCCUGACGCCAAAGUUCUUCAGACGCAACGAGAUGCGGGUUCUUGGGCUCGAUCCAUGGUAGAGAUGGGGUACUCGAUGGAUAUGUACUUUUGGCAGCCUCCGUUCACUUCCUCUUGGAAUGUUACGAAGGGUCCUUACGGAUACUGGCACAAGAAACAAAUGGGAUAUCGCGACGAAGAAAUCCAUCCACACGGCGUCCCCAAGAAUUCUAAUCCCUACAACAAACUAGAACGGAAAUCGUCCAUUUCCAUGGCCAGUGCCAAGGUUGCUUAUCAUCGCUACCAUCAUCAGGUCCAGGAAAAGGUUCCAUCGGAAAGAUUGGUUCCUUACCACCCAAAACAGGGUUGGGGACCUCUGUGCAAACAGUUCUUGCCGUCUAAUGAAACGUGCCCGGAAGGACCCUUCCCUCACGUCAAUACCAACAACGACGGCUUUUUGCUAGAUGCCCGUCGAAAAUUCUCCGCUCGAGUUCACCUCCACAAAAUUCAUCCGUCCUUAUCCAACCAAAAGUGGUUAGUCAAUUCUGUCGUCUUUAUCAUGAAGAGAAGGCGGAAGGCCAUCAACGCCAUUCGGAGAAUCUUUGCCAAGGGAAACUUCAAACAAACAAACUAG